AUGUCUGGAAGAAAACUCAUGUCGUUGGAGGCUGCGAUGGAAGAGGAGCGGCUGCAGAUCGAGGCGCUGCUGUCGCAACCAACCUCGCGAGGUCCGCCUUCGAUAGGACGCUCUCCUUCGCCAUUCAUGAGCCCGCGCUCGCCUGUCCGGAGCAUGCUGGAUGUGGGUGGCCCAUCCUCCACCAGAAAGAGCCCCCCUCAAGUCCGUAGCAUGCUCGAUGUCGACAGUACAGCUGCGCCUACGACUAGAUCUCCAGGCGUGGCAAGUGCUCAGACAUCACCGAUCUUAUCUACACGCCGUAUAGUGCCGGUACCGUCUGGCGACAUUCACCACAGGAGCAUGUCAGACGCUUCCGCGAAGCCUGUAUAUACUGAUCUACUUGGCCCACGCUCGCCACCGCUUCCACGAGAUCGCAACGUGGACCUCACCACUGACUACAAAUUUUCUGAUAUCUACGCGACCAAUGUGGGCCAGGCUUUGCCAGGAAAUCGGCGUGCGCCUGGUACCCAGCACCGCUCAGGCUCCAUUGGGGAAGCUCUAAGAGGAGCCGACCUUUCAAACAUUGUCCUGCCGGGCGACCAUGGGAGGACAUCGUUCUUGAGAGGAAACAGCAAGUCCAAGUCACCGCAUAACCGCCUCAAUCUGCGCUCCAACUCGCCUCAUUCCAAUCUGCUCGGAGCGUCCUCGGCCCGUGUCCGAGAUGACGGCACCAUUACUCUCGAGGACGGUUCAGUCAUUGACAAGAACAGUGCAUAUCGCAGGCUCUCGGACGCAAAUUUGGUAUUUGGCGGCUCAAGUCUGUCCUCGCUGCCUCGAAAGAAAUCGGACCGAGAAGGCCAUGGGCGCAUAGAGAAGUCCAACAUGAGCCCAUAUGGAGAGAUCUUGACCGAUGAUAGUGACGAUGACGUGGUCAACUCUUCGGAUGAGGAAGAUCAUAGAGGCAGAAAACUCACCACAAGAGCUGACAGCCGUGGCACAAACAAUCCAGACAGAGCUGCGAAGAGUUUGCUGGCCGCCGCGGAAGACGAACGUAAACACAUUGCGUCGCAGCCUCAGUACAGAUCUCUCCUGGACCCGGAAAUCACCGUGACCAGUCCGAACGGAGAGAAGGCCAGGAGGUCUGGUAAACGCUCAAUACAGCCGUCUACGAGCUUUGACCAGGAUCCUCCCACGCGAGCGCCUACGCCAGAUCCGAAUGCAGACCAAGACGAUCAAGACGUGAAUGCUAUCAAACGUGCGCAGGACCUUGGGAUAUCGUCAACGCCCAUCAUAUCUACUCCUGAAGUACACAGAUCAAUCCGCAUUCUCUAUCGAGGCGAAUUCUCGAGAAUACAGCAGCAUGCCGUGGAGGAGCAUCGACGACUGCGCAAAUACCUCGUGGCCAUGGAUUUGAGUGAUGAGUCUACUCAUGCACUCGAAUGGGCUGUAGGCACGGUGCUCCGCGAUGGAGACACGCUUAUAGCCUUCUACUGUAUGGACGAGGAAGCUAGUGGCUCCAUCGACGCAGGAUCACAGAUACCGGACGAUCCCAAGUCGAUGCGAGAGCAAGCGGCAGUGGUCAACUCAUUAGCCAAAAGCACCAAGCCACCUUUGACGGGCACUCCGAAUCCUUUCAACCUGAGUCGGACAUCCAUGUCUCCACGCGUCCGUGCUGCGGAGGCUGGUAGCAACACGCCCUCACCUGCGCCUUCGAGAGGCAAAUCGAAGUUGGAGGAGGAGCGGGAAAGAGCGGUUCAAGACGUCACGGACCGGGUGGCUAAGCUUCUGAGGAAGACGCAACUGGAAGUUCGCGUCAUCAUCGAGUGCAUUCACUGCAAGAAUCCAAAGCAUCUGAUUACGGAAGUGAUAGAUCUUGUCAGCCCAACGCUGGUCAUUUUGGGAAGCCGCGGCCGGAGCGCCCUUAAGGGGACGCUUCUGGGCUCUUUCAGCAAUUACCUCGUCACUAAGAGUUCUGCCCCUGUAAUGGUGGCUCGAAAGCGACUACGCAAGAAGAGCAAGUACCAAGCACCGCCCAGGCAGAUUAAUAACCUUUCGAACCCAUCUGCCCGAAGUCUGGAGACGGCCCGGAUCGAUUAG